UCUUACCUGUUCGAUCCAGCUGCGCGCUGUCUUCCCGGCUUCUGUAAUGGCGCUCGGCAUGACAGCCGGGUGCCCAGUGCGCAUGAGCGAGAAGCACUUGCGCUUUGUGAUUGGUCCGGCGGCUUCUGGGAUCUGUCAUGUGUCCCAGGUACCACCUUACCAUUCACAAAAAGCACCGCUUCUUGUGCAUGCGCACUUGGCACCCGGCUAUCAUGCCCAGUGCCCACACUACAGAAGCCGGGAAGACAGCGCGCCGCUGGAUAGAGGAACAGGUAAGGUCCCGCUGCAGAGCUGAGCGGCUGGCCCGGUAUUCUGAUACGGCCGCGGUGGAAAUACCGGACCGGCCGCUCCUUAUUCGCUCCAUAAGACGCACUGACAU